GAUGGCGGAGAGAGGUAGCGUGCUGGGCAUAGAGUGGGCGUCUGAGAACUGGACUUCUUCGGGGAUUGGGUGGGGAGUCGAGUUGCGCUCCCUUUCCCUGGUCAGGGAACCUCUCAGCUCCACCUCAGGCCUGGGGUCUCUCGAGGGCUUGCUGUAGUGGCGGGAGGGGAGGGAGGACUCCCUGUGGUAUUUUUCCCGGUAAAGUUUCAUGGCCUUUGUUUGAGAAGCAAACUUCAGUCUCUCCUUUUCAGGGUCUCUUAGCUGCUUAAUCGAAAACGAUGCAGACAGGAGGAAGUUUACCUGUGCUUGGGCUCCUUGUUCCUCAGGCCUGGAGGGUCAUUUGUUUUAGGCACACAGCCUUUAGGAUUUAGGGUAGCGUGACAGGUCUAUGUUUUUUUUGAGUCAAGAUUUCAGUUACAUUUCCUUUCAUUGUGAAGCUGGUGUAAUGAAAUGAAAGAAAUCCUGACUAUCCAAAGUUGUUUUCCAACUCAUCCCCCCGAAUAUGGCAGAUUUUGAGGAUUUUUGUCAGAUUUUAUCCAUCAAUAAAAACAAAUGUGGAGUUGUUCAUAUGGGAUGCUAGCUAGUUAACUUGUCAUGAAAAAAACUAGUAGUCACCAUAAUGAGCAACACAAUCCGAUUUAGGAAAGUAAAUGGAAAACUGAAAAAAAAAAAAAGCAAGAAUGAAUCACAACUAAGUGAAAGAAGGAAGUUGGCUGGCUUACUUGAAGUAAAGCAAGAUUUCAAGAUGGAAAGUCCAUCAGCCUCAGCUGUGGUGUUACCUAGCACUCCACAGGCUGGUGCCAAUCCACCGUCUCCUCGUACAAGCAGUUCAAGAAAACAACCUAUGAGUGCAACCCUUAGGGAACGAUUAAGGAAAACUAGAUCUUCAUUUAAUUCUUGUUAUGGUGUGGUAAAACGACUUAAAGUAGAGAGUGAAGAAAAUGAUCAGACCUUUUCAGAGAAACCAGCACCUUCAACAGAACAAAACUGUUUGGAAUUUCAAGAAAAUUUUAAACACAUAGACAGUGAAUUUGAAGAAAGUACAUAUUUGAAAAAUACCUUCAAGAAUAUCAAUGCAUGUGCAUCUAAAUCACUUGAUUCUGAGUCAUGCAGUGAUCUCCAGAAUGACUUUAUGAGUGAGAAUCUUCCCAAACAUGGAUUAAACAAAGAAAAAGCAAAAUUGGUGAAGCAGAUUCAGGAGAAAGAAGAACUUCUUCGGAGGCUAAAACUAGUCAAAAUGUAUAGAUCAAAGAAUGACCUGUCUCAGUUACAGAUGUUAAUAAAGAAGUGGAGAAGCUGUAGCCAGCUGUUGCUUUAUGAGCUGCAGUCAGCUAUGUCUGAGGAGAACAAGAAACUAAGCCUUACUCAGCUGAUAGACCACUAUGGGUUAGAUGAUAAAUUGCUACACUAUAACAGAAAUGAAGAAGAAUUUAUAGGUGUUUAAUUCAUAAUUUUUUUCUCCAGAAUGUCUUUGUGGAUGACAAUGUAAUUAAAAGAUAUUUAUACAUUUUAAAAGGAAGAUGUAAACCAUUAGGGCUUAGAGAAAGGUAUCCUGGUGAACCUGGAUCAAUUUAGGGCCUUUGUUAUAUAAGUAUAAACUAGGUUCUAAAAUGAAAAUUUAGUGUUUUGAAUAAAUUUGCCAAAGAAAACUUGACAGUUAAAGAAAGGUGAAAAAAUUUUUUUAAAAUUAAAUCAUGAUUAAAAAAAUAAUUUGGA